GGGCGCAGCUUUACCAGGCUGCUGGGCACUUCCUGAAUCAGGGUUAGCUAAUAGCUUGCUGCUGUGUUUGUUAGUAGCAUGUAGAUGAGAGCCGAAGACUCGAAGGCAGGCUGCUGGAGGUGACUUUCCUGAGAAGCAGACAAAAAAGAGGACUUUCAGCGAGAGUUUGCCUCAACAACAUGGACUACUGGAGUGCCUUGGAGGUGUACAGGGAGCUGGUGCUGCUGUACCUGGAUCAGGGCCGGCGGCAGGUCAACACACACUGCUCCGACCUGGAGCCCUGGCAGAUCAUCGGAGCGUCGGUCAUCACCACGCUGGGCGGCGUCUGGAUCAAAGGCUUCCUCUUCCAGCAAGAAAGUCUCCUGUCGCGAAUCAAGAAGCUGUGCUUUCGACUCGUCAGAAAAAUACCCUUUGUUGGCGCAACAAUCCAGACUCAGCUCAACAAGGCUCUGGAUGACAUGUCUGCUAGUCUGUGUACUCUGAAGGAAGGGAUGAGCUACACUAAGCAGCUGCCCUCUAAAGGCCUCUCCCAGAGCCAAGUGCUGGACAAGAUCAGAGAGUACGAGACUCUGAGUGAGGUGAAGUGGGAGAACGGAUGUGUUUCGGGCACAGUGUACUGGGGGGAUGAGUCUCUGACCAAUCUCCUGGUGAAGGUAUAUGGAAAUUUCGCAUGGAGCAACCCACUUCACCCUGACAUUUUUCCUGGCGUAAGAAAGAUGGAGGCAGAAGUUGUCAGAAUGUCUUGCACACUUUUCCACGGUGGACCAAACUCCUGCGGCGCAGUCACUUCAGGAGGAACUGAGAGCAUACUGAUGGCCUGCAAGGCGUACAGAGACAUGGCGUAUGAACGUGGGAUCAAAUACCCUGAAAUUAUUGCCCCUUUGAGUGUCCACGCAGCCUUUGACAAAGCAGCGCAUUACUUUAGGAUGAAGCUUGUUCACGUUCCGCUCGACAAGAAAACCAUGAAAGUAGACGUGAAGGCUAUGAGGAGAGCCAUCAACAAGAACACGGCCAUGCUGGUGUGCUCUGCGCCUCAGUUCCCACAUGGAAUCAUUGAUCCCAUUGAAGAAGUAGCCAAGCUGGCGCUGCGCUACAGCCUCCCCCUGCAUGUGGAUGCCUGUCUGGGAGGUUUUCUCAUUGUGUUCAUGGCCAAGGCUGGUUACCCACUGGCUCCUUACGACUUCAGGGUAAAAGGUGUAACCAGCAUCUCUGCAGACACCCACAAGUACGGUUACGCCCCUAAAGGCUCCUCAGUGAUCCUCUACAGUGAUAAAAAGUACCGGCACUACCAGUACUUUGUGGCUCCAGACUGGCAGGGGGGAAUCUACGCCUCGCCCUCUGUGGCAGGCUCCAGGCCCGGAGGGAUCAUCGCCGCCUGCUGGGCGACCAUGAUGCACAUAGGAGAGAACGGAUACAUAGACGCCACCAAGAAGAUCAUUAGCACAGCUCGCAAAAUCAAAACGGAAAUCUCCAAGAUUAAAGGUGUGUUUGUGUUUGGGGACCCCGAGGUGUCGGUGGUGGCAAUAGGCUCCGAUGAGUUUGAUAUUUUCCGUCUGUCCAACGCACUGACGACAAAGGGCUGGAAUCUGAACACACUGCAGUACCCAUCCAGCAUCCACAUUUGUUGCACAGUCCUGCACACGCAGAAGGGCGUCGCCGAUCAGUUUGUCCAUGAUGUCAAAGAGCAGGUCGCCAUCAUCUUGAAGAACCCCAAAGAGAAAACCACAGGAAUGGGAGCGAUCUACGGCAUGGCCCAGUCCAUCCCAGACAGAUCCAUGGUGACGGAGAUCUCCAGAGGUUUCCUGGACUGUCUCUACAGCACUGAGGUGUCCCUGUCAAACACCAGCCACAUGAAUGGCAACGGCAAAGCCCACCACUGAAGCUGCAUGGGCCCCCCCGCCCCCGGCCCCAACCCCACAGCACGCAGGGAAACACGCUCGCUUCCUCCUAGAGUUUCGAGCUAAUCGUCAACGGUUGCCUUAUCUUGCACACCUACACCAUAUGGAAAACAUCUGCAAAGAUCUUUAAAGCACAAGCCAUAGUCAUUGUAAUCAGCCCAGAGGGAAAUCGCUUGUUUAGGCAGAGAGAGAAGAAAUUACUUAUUCCAAAAGCGUUUGAUUUUAUCAUGUAUGUAGUGAAAGUGUGUGUGCGUGUGUUUGUUUGUGUUGUUUUAAAUGUUCAACAGUUCAUUUCAAUUUUAGCAUGUGUUAAAUGCUAAUGUUUCUCAUAAUCUCUACUGAUUGCAUAGCAAAACCAUUCCUUUUUUUUUUUUUUUUACUGGAACAUUUCAGCUUGUUGCCUGACUGCCAUGACUCAGCAAAAACCAGUGAACCCUUGUUAGUGACGCUGUGCUGCCCUCUAGUAUAAACAUGAUGCAGUGCUUUAUAUAUGUGGAGGCUAAAAGGUAUCAUCAUCAUGUGGCAAUUCUGGCAGACAGCUUUUAUAAUGUAAAAACUCUACGAUGCCCCGACUAGCGCAUAUCAGGGUAAUCUGUAAAUCACUUGAACCUACAGUUCUGAUGUUAUGGUAGAAGUGUGUCUGAGCAUGAACAUGCAUGUCCUUUGUAUGAUGGCACUUAUUGUGAUGACUAUUUUCGUGAUCCAUCUACAGUGGUUGGAUUUGUAGACAGAGGGAGAAUGAUUUAGAUAGUGGGAGCGUUUAAUGUAGUUAAUAAUGUAUACAAUUGUUUAAAUUACAAAGGGUAGAACUAGCCACAAGGCCAUGAAUAUAUAUAUUUGUGUUAAACCGCAAAUGGAAUCCAAAACUAAUUGGACUCUUGGGCUUUUUAAUUGGAAUUCCACACAUUAGCUUUUAAAGUAAAAGGAAAUUAAACAAAUCAACACACUAGACUGAAGGCUGUUUCCACCUCUGUCCCUCAAUAAUCUGCAAAGUCACUUGUCUAUCACUCUAGUUUUUAAUAAUUUGUCUCCUAAUUCAAUCUACCUCAGUUUCUACUCAAUGAAAAUGUCAUGUAUUCAUCCACUGAAACACUUUCAAAGAGGGCAAGUGUUUUUUUUUUCUUGUCUAACAUAAUCUUCACAAUGUAAGGGCAUACAAACUGUAAUAAAGAUAAACUGUUAGACUGA